UAUGUAUAUGAAUAUGUACAGUUAUGAAGCUUACAAGCCAUCAAACUUAAAUGAUCAACUAGUCAGCGAUAUUAAUGAUAAGAAAUAACUUGAAUUAGAAUAAUAGAAAAGUACUUUCAUAGUAUUUUAUCUGUAGGUAUCAAUACAACAGAAUAGAAGGCAGACUUUGAAAGUAGCGUUUUUUCAGGCUUAGUAAUACAAAAUUUGUUUGUUCUUAUGAUGAUUUGUUUGGGCCUCUAUACCAACAUGCAGUUCUGGCUAGUUUAUUAAACUUCAGAUGUUAAUGACUUUUGUUAUUGUGGUUUUGUGGAUGCAUCCUAAUGUUAAGAUGAAUGCAUAUAUUAAUUAGAAGAGAGUAAUCAGCCAAACCCAAAAGGUCUCUUUUAUGGUUCUGUAAUAAUUGGAUUCAUUAUAUAAAUUUGGUUAUAUAUAGGAUUUGCCUAAAUUAAAAAAGUAAAGAUAAUUUGUUCAUUCUUAGUAACACUUUUUGUUAACCCAUCUAUAACUUGCUAUGUUAUGUUUAUUUUAUUCAUUUACUCUAACCACAAUAUGUAUUUUGAUUGCUUAUCGUUGGGGAGUUCAAUUGAUUUUCUUAGCUUGGAUUAUUGACUUUGUUUUUAUUUUUUCUACAGCCUUCUAUACAACUAGAACUAAAACUCUCAUAAAUUAUAAAGGUAAAAAUAAUUUAUUAUAAAAGCUGGAUCAAUCUUUAUUUUUAUUCCUACAAUUCUUAUGUUAAUUUUAUAUGUAUCUAUUUAUCCUCAUUCAGCCAUUUAUAUUUGUUUGGACUGCUUAUUUGUAACUCUUCAUGGAUACUUUAUAAUAUCACAAAUUAUUAAACUUAGAAGCAAAGAAGUAAUUUAUUAAAAUAUAAAUAAGGAAUUUAAAUCAUCAAUUUUCGAGAUAAUGAUUACCUCAAGCAUACUCUUUGCUAGUAUCAAUUAAUGUUUCAUAAGUAUAAUUGAAUUUUGUUAAGGAUUAAUGAAAAAAUAAUCAUGA